GCAGUGAUGAAGCAUACCCAUACCAUUAACAGCCUAUGUCAGACUAAUCAUGCACGGUAGUUAUUGGGGCAUAUUUCGAAGUUUGGAUAAACUAUUGUAAGGGUGUUCCAUGAGCGCGCGGAAGACCGGGCAGAAAUAUUGCAUCUAUUAGUCGCUUUUCUUGGAGGAUCUCCGUGACAACAAUUUGCGAUGGCAAAGAAUUCAAUACCGGGGGCUUGGAGGCUGAUUGGGGUGCAUUGUGAGGAGACUGAGGUCGCUGAUUGGUUCAAGGAAAGCACCAACACUACACGCAGUUUAUAUUCAUUCAACUUGUUGAAGCACUCAGACUACUUCUGGGAGAGAGACAGGAAUGAGAAUCCUCAACAGGGGACAUGAUUUUAAAGAUGAAGAAUAUAAUUUGCAUGGACUUUUUUGGUAGUAGUCCUGUGAAUUAAAAUAUUUACACUGUAAAAUGGCAAGUGCAGACAGUGAGGUGAAAACGUUACUGAACUUUGUAAACUUGGCAUCCAGUGACAUCAAGGCGGCUCUGGACAAAUCAGCCCCUUGCAGGCGCUCUGUGGACCACAGGAAAUACCUGCAGAAACAGCUCAAGCGUUUUUCUCAGAAAUACGCUCGGAUGCCCAGAUGCCACACACACAGGUCCACGGAGUCUGGCAUCGCCAAAGAUGUGGUGAACAAGUCCAGUGCGUAUUCAUUGGAGACAAUUCACCCAAGCACGACGCGCAUCAAUGAAAAAGGGGGUUCGGAUGCGCAAGACGUAGAGAACGCAAGGAUGGCUCAAACCCCAACUGUAGACAGUGAUAACAGUAAGCAAGAACAGGUACCCAUGAGGAAACGUCAACUCCCUGCAUCGUUUUGGGAGGAACCCCGAUUAGCCCAAACCAACACAGACUAUUUGCAGUACGGAUGGAAAAAGAGCCACGGUGUGACAGGAACCAACGAGGUUGAAAAAAUAAAAAAAGCUCACGAGGAACCAACACCGACCUUGUUUCUCUCCAAUAGACGUGGCUCUGUUGAGAAAGAACCGCUCAAACUGGACGUGGCCUCUCAUAACGUCAAUGUGUGCGGUUUCUGUCCGUUUCAGUACCACGGACACCACGUCUUUCAGAGUCACAUAGUUGUUCCACAAUCGGCUGUGGGACUCUGGGGGAAAGCCACAGUGGCUGAAACGGCAACACCGGAUAUAGCACACCGACAUAAGAACUACACGCAUGUCGUGGUCAAACCCAUACCGACUAAACCCACGGUCCCGCCAUCCAUUUUCAACGUGUUUGGGUUCAUUUAAACACAAUUACAAACGUAUAAACAUAGCUUAAUAAUUGCCUAAGCAAUAAUGAAGAUGUACAUAUUAUUUGUUUAGAUCGAUAUGCCGUUUGUUUUUUAUUUCAAACUUUGCAUUUCUCUUUUUUUUUUAAAGAGUAGUCAUAAGCACUUAAGUAGUCUUACAUUUCACACCAAACAUUUCUGCUUGGAACACCUGCACCUUUACCACUUGGGUUCCAUAACGUCUAAUAGGAAUUUAUUAUAAAAUCAUAGCACCGUCUCAAACUGAAAAAUGUAGACUACUUCAUCUUUCUAAUUUUUAAAAUGGAAGGGAAUUUAUGUUGAUAUAGGAAUGGAGUGACAUUUGACGUUGUCCAUUUUUUGAUUAAUUGUGAUAAUCUAUGCUAAAGGAGAGGUCUACGGGUGUGUUGAUUACCUCAUGGUGUAUAUAUUUCUUAAAUAUACUGGUUUAAAAAUGAUUUGAUCAAAAUUACUUGUAGUUCACUGGUGUUUGUCAACAGAAAGUAAAACACAGACUGACAGAUAGUUCGCCACAUUAUUUCUUGAUAUUUUUUGUUUGUAAAUAAUACUUGGAGAAAUGGAGAAAUUACAUUUAUUUUUUAAAUAAACAGUAGAUCUUUA